AUGGUCGACUUCGAUAAUUUAAACUACUUGAGCGGUUUUGGGAACGAAUUCGCGACAAGCGAUCCAAGAGUGCCCGAUGCAUUGCCGGAGGGACAAAAUAAUCCCCAGCAAUGCCCUCAUGGUCUUUACUCGGAACAGCUCUCGGGCACUGCCUUCACGGCUCCGCGACAUUCCAACAAACGCAGUUGGCUGUACCGCAUUCGUCCAUCGGUGAUCCAUCAUCCAUUCGAGAAAUUCGAGCAAAACGCGUGGACGAAUGAUUUCGGGAAAUUCUCGCCAAAUCCCAAUCAAUGGCGUUGGAAUCCGCAUCCGAUCCCGGAUAAGGGAACCGAUUUUGUUGAGGGUUUGUAUACUCUUUGUGGAGGAGGUGAUGUGAUCUCCCGAUCGGGAUUGGCCAUUCAUAUGUAUGCUUGCAACAAAAAUAUGGAUCACCGAGCUUUUUACAAUGCAGACGGAGAUUUUCUCAUUGUUCCACAAGAAGGUGAACUCGAAGUGACAACGGAAUUUGGACGAAUUCUUGUCGGCAUUCAGGAAAUCUGUGUGAUCCCUCAAGGAAUCCGCUUCUCGAUUGAUAUUCGUGGUCCAUCUCGUGGCUAUAUUCUUGAGGUUUACGGAGUUCAUUUUCAAUUGCCCGAUUUGGGACCAAUUGGAGCGAACGGGCUUGCAAAUCCUCGUGAUUUCGAGACUCCAGUGGCUUGGUUUGAAGAAAGAGAUGAACCGUUUGAGAUCAUCUCCAAAUAUCAAGGAGUUUUCUUCAAAGCGAAACAAAAUCAUUCUCCUUUUGAUGUUGUUGGAUGGCAUGGAAACUAUGCUCCUUACAAAUACGAUCUUCGCAAAUUCAUGGUCAUCAACGCGGUCGCUUUUGAUCAUGCGGAUCCAUCGAUUUUCACCGUUUUAACCGCUCAAUCAACACGACCAGGAGUGGCUAUCGCGGAUUUUGUCAUCUUUCCACCGAGAUGGGGAGUCGCUGAGAACACGUUUAGACCUCCAUACUACCAUCGCAAUUGCAUGUCCGAAUUCAUGGGACUCAUCGUUGGGAAUUAUGAAGCGAAAGAGGGGGGAUUCAAACCGGGUGGUGCCUCACUUCAUUCAAUGAUGACUCCACAUGGGCCCGAUUUUGCGUGUUUCGAAGCGAACACGAAAGGAGAGCUGAAACCACAAAAAGUGGCACAUGGAACAAUGUCAUUCAUGUUCGAAUCUUCACUCUCAAUGGUGAUCACUGAUUGGGCUUUGAAGGAAAAUGUGGAUUGGAAUUAUCACAAAGAUUGGCAACCACUGAAGAAACAUUUUGUGAUGCCAAAA